GUUGUACCCUAUGCUACAGAACAGAUUUGUAGCGCGGGCCCUCAAUCGAUCUUACUGCACACAGUUAAACGUUACGAAAGAUGCUUCUUUUACAAACCAAAACAAUAAACCGAGGAGUUAGGAGUCAGAAAAGACACUGGCCCGUGCAUUAAACCUGACCGAGACUAUUUUAAAUAACUCAUUUGUAGUUUUUCGAGUGCCUGCCAUCUAUUAUUUCACUACUAUUGCCAUUAGACGCGUCUUUUUUUAUUUUUUCGAGCAGUCGGCGCCAGUCUGAUGAAUUCACCGAAUCAGGACGAGGAUGAUGUGCCCGUUAAAGACCCCAUCAAAUACGGAGAGCUGGUCAUCUUGGGGUACAAUGGCUCCCUGCCCACCGGCGACCGUGGUCGCAGGAAGAGCCACUUCGCUCUCUACCGACGGGCCAAGGCCAACGGCGUCAAGCCCAGCACCGUGCACAUCCUCACCACCCCACAGGACAGCAAGGCGGUCAACAGCAGGGGGCAGCACAGCAUCUCCUUCACGCUGUCUCGCAACCAGACAGUGGUGGUGGAGUAUUGCCAUGACAACAAUACAGACAUGUUCCAGAUCGGGCGUUCCACGGAGAGCCCCAUCGACUUCGUGGUGACGGACACGUCGGGCGGCGGCAAGGAGGGCGAGGACCCCUCGGUGGCCCCCAGCACCAUCUCCCGCUUCGCCUGCCGGGUGGUGUGCGAGCGCAGCCCGCCCUACACCGCCCGCAUCUACGCCGCCGGCUUCGACUCGUCCAAAAACAUCUUCCUGGGGGAGAAGGCCACCAAGUGGAAGAACCCCGACGGCCACAUGGACGGGCUGACCACCAACGGGGUGCUGGUGAUGCACCCCGACGGCUUCCCCGAGGACUCCCGCCAGGGCCUGUGGCGGGAGAUCUCCGUAUGCGGGGACGUGUACGCCCUGAGGGAGACCCGGUCCGGACCCACCCGCGGCACCCUGGCGGAGGGUGAGAGCAGCGCCCUGCGCGACGGCUCCCUGGUGGACCUGUGCGGGGCCACCCUGCUGUGGCGGACGGGCGAGGGGCUCCUGAGGGCCCCCACCAUCAGGCACCUGGAGGCCCUGCGGCAGGAGCUGAACGCGGCGCGGCCGCAGUGUCCCGUGGGCCUGAGCACCCUGGCCUUCCCCAGCCUGCCUCGAAGCCACAGACACGCAGUGACCCAAUCGCCUGUCGCUUCCAGCCUGGAGGAGCGCCAGCCCUGGGUAUACCUCACCUGCGGCCACGUGCACGGCCGCCACGACUGGGGCCAGCGCUCGGAGGGCCAGGAGGCGCCGCGGGACGGCGACGGUUCCUCGCUGGCGCGCCGCGAGUGCCCGCUGUGCCGCAGCGUGGGCCCCUACGUGCCGCUGUGGCUGGGCUGCGAGCCGGCCGUCUACGUGGACGCCGGCGCGCCCACGCACGCCUUGGUGCCGUGCGGCCACGUGUGCUCGGAGAGGACCGUCAGGUACUGGGCGGAGACGCCGCUGCCCCACGGCACGCACGCCUUCCGGCCCGUCUGCCCCUUCUGCUCCUCGGCGCUGGGGACGCCCGGCUGGACGCGCCUCAUCUUCCAGGGGCCCAUCGACUGAGGGGCCGCGGAGUACAGAGAGAGAGGGGGGGGGGGGACCGUCCACGCCUACCCACCCACCCGCCCGCCAACCCCACCCACCUCCACCACCCACCUCCACCACCCACUGCAGAAUGACGCCCCGAGCUACGGUCAGAGUUCGGAACCUUGGGUCCAAAACGUCGGAACCGAUUUGUCGGUUGGUCGGUUGUUAAUCGUAGAUUAAGGUUGUUUUUUUUCGGUUUGGUUCGUUUAGUGCUAAAUCGUUGCCGAUUGGUGUCAAGUGCUACAUUGACAGUGAUGUAAGCGUUUUCACCUCAAAUUUUAAUUGGAGUCUAUUACAGUCUAUUCGUCGUUAGUUCAACUUAACGAUUUUGCUCAAAUGGCUGGCACAAUGGUAAGUCUCUGAACGCAGCUCGGAGCUGAAGCUUCUCAAAGCCUGCCUCAACGUUUGCUGAUCUGUAUAGAACCAGGAUGGGUAACUCGCUCACACAGUCCUGUCCAGAGAGGUAUACACGACAAGGGGCGGACGUCCGAUCUAUGCAGAUUUCCAAACCCAUCACACACGAAGGCCGGGCUUUUAUGAAAACUCCUCGUCUGGGAAAAAAUCCACUUCAUCACUCUACAAAGCAAUAACAGCACUUCCAUGCAAUACUAGAUAAGCUAAACGUGAAGCCACACUUUUUCAACAAAGUGUGGAUUCAUCGAUCACUUUAGACAUAGCGAAAAAAAAAAAAAAAGUCUUGGGCCAAAGGGCUCAACCAGAGGUGUGUUCGAUAUCGAAGUUCGAUAGUUUUUUGUGUUUAGGGUUAGAACGUAAAGCAAAUCGGAAAAAAUAUUAGAAUUGAUUUUUACUUUUAUCUGAAAGUGUGAAUGCUGAUUUCAGACACGUUUUUUUGAAGCUGCUUGAAACAUGCAAGGAGGAGUUUGCGGGCACAGUCCAGGCCUCUGAUACGCUAGCUGGAAUGUGACGUGACGAAACGCAUGCGGUUUGUGGCUGCCAUUGCAACUCGGACACACCUCUGGUUGGUUGGUCGCCGAGUCACGAUAAAAACAGGGUCGACGUUAUUGUGUUGACGGACGGACGGACGGUCGAGACCACAUAUAACCUCAAAAAAGAAAAUACUUUUUUCUUUCUCCGUGUUUGAAAGAAAAUAAAAUAUUUUGUUAGGAAGCGGGGAGGGUUCCAUUUAGAGAUCUGGUAGGGGGGGGGUAUUUUAGAUGUUCAGUGUUGAAAAAAAACAAAUAUAUAACUAUUUUUCUAACUGGCCAACUGUUUUUGAGUUAACUGUUUUCUUUCAGUGUGCGGAAGUGUGUGUUUCAGAGUAUAACUGUGUGGUAGGUAUAUCUGGUGAGAGCUUCUGAGAGCAGGAAAAAAAUAUGUUAUUGCCAACACUGUGUCGAGAAAACACACACACACACACACACACACACACACACACACACACACACACACACACACACACACACACACACACACACAGAAAAACACACACACACACAAAGAAAAACACUCACACACCACAGACCGUAAAUGCAUUGCCCUGACAAUGAAUGUAGCCAAAUACACAAGGCUAUGUCUAGCCUUCCCAGGUGCUCAUAACGAAUUGUCUAUAUUGUGAUACUAUUUUUGUAAUUGAAUUUACGGUGUAGCUUGAUUGUGGUUAGCAUCAGAAGGUCCUCCUGUGUGUGCUUGUGUGUGUGAAUAGUUGGCUCCAUUAUAUAAAAAAAAAAAAAAAAAGAAAGGAAAAAAAAAAAGUUAAAGGAUGUUGUGAUAUUACGAAAGUCACGAAAUAAUGUCUCGCUUGCAUGUGAACGAACGUACACUCUGCUUCAAACGCUCAAAGACGGGGAGGCAAAGGACAGACUGUUAGGAGUUUCCACGGUGGACGGCCAAACUUGUAAGAUUCACACGGAAAGUAUUUUAGCCCCGGAGAAGUUCUACAGUCCAAGCUUUCUUCCAAGUGCUUUGUUCCUCGAAACAAUAAUAGCAAUUAUAUUAAUUUUUUGGUUUGAAACUAAGCAAUUUUCAAUGCAAAACGAGGGUGAUGUCAGCGGAAUGUUAAUGGUCACACAACACGAUGAACAGAGCGGGAAUCCCGUGUCGCUUCUUACAGAUGGAAACGCUUUGUUUUGGGCUGGGUUGUCGUCGUAGUGUUAGGUGCUGUUGUUCAGACUCUCUCGUAGUCUCGACUCUCUUUACAGGUAACUGGGGGGUGGACAGCAUUCCCCCCCUGCCCUGCCUCUAGCAUUCAACCAGGUCCAUAGAAAUGUCUAUUUUUUUCCUAAUGGUGUCUGAAAUGUAGGAAAAACAAUUCACAACGCCUGCAUUAGAAUAAAGAUCUGGUCCUACCGGAUCCUAUACUUCACAUACGGGUAGUAACACCGGAGGGACUUUACCGUAGUGGCUAGAGUGAAUCAACCUGAUGGGUUUAUUCUCUCUUCUACUCCUUAACGCAGCACGCAUCGACACCACUAGGGGGCAGCAGCGAGUCUGAAAACGUUGUGUAAAACAGUUUAAUGUGUUACCUUUGGCAUGUGGCAAAGAGGAGCAGACCUUCACAACAAUAUUCACGUUGUCCUUCUUUUUUGACAUUAAAUAAAGUUUGUAUUUUUUAUGAAAAAUCGUUAUUUUCUACCAGUCCUUAUUGGAUCGUUCCAUAUUAAACUGUGUUUUGGUUUAUUGUUCUUGUUCCUAGCAUAACGAAGUCCAAGCACUUCAGAGAAGUCAUAAUAGUGCGUAUCUCGAUUCAAGAUGGACACAUUAUUUUUAAUUAAAUAUUUGGGUAGUAUCUAUACUCUUUCUAGUUUUUUGCCAACUAGUUGACAUUGUCAUCCUGGGUAUUUUAUAUUUUUACUUCUUUACACCGUCAUUCACUUAAGUCACCAACAUUAUACCAUUACAUGGUAUUUGUUAUUUUUGUUUAUUUUAUAUAAUUUUCUGUAUUUCUCUGGUGCACAGACAAUCGCUAUACACAUGUCAAUAAACCUGUUAACCCAAA